AUGUUUCUCAAGACUCACAAAGUAGCAGUGUUCGGAGCUGUUGGGGAGUCUGGGGGUAUUAUUGUCAAUGGCUUGCUCAAGUCAACAUCUCCGUCUUUUGAAGUCACCGCCUUGGCCCGGCCCUCGUCAAUCUCAAAGCCAGCGUACGAGGAGCUGAGAAAAAGAGGAGUCAACGCCAUUGUCGUCGACCUUGACAAGCCAGAGAUUGAGAUCGCCAACACCUUGAGAGGAUUCGAAAUUGUAGUAGCCUCGGUCCACCCUGCCGGCAUAGCGUCUCAAAUAACACUGGCUAGAGCAGCCAAACUAGCGGGCGUCCAACGCUUUAUUCCCAGCGCGUUCGCGAUGGCUGUCUCGCCAACCGCCAAGUCUUCCGUCCAGAAGACGAAGGAGUUGGUUUACGCUGAACUUAGAGCCAUCGACCUACCGUUCACAAUCAUCGACGUCGGCUGGUGGUACCACGGGUUUAUCCCUCAAUUGGCUUCUGGGCGAACUGACUAUACCGUUGUGUUGCCUGAGUUUCUACGAAAUCUAGUUCCCGGUGACGGAAACAUGCCGACACACGUUGUGGAUUGUGCGGAUAUUGGAAAACUCAUUCCUCGCAUCAUUGUGGACCCAAGAACCAUCAACCAAAAGGUCAUGGCCUCCUCAGCGACGAUGUCUUUCAACGAGAUGUUCGCCAUAGCCGAAGAGCUUUCCAAGGAGAAAGUCAUGAAGAAAGAUAUUUCCGCGCAGGGAUUGCAGUCGAUGAUCGCAGAUUUUGAUGCACAGCUACAAGGGAGCCCUCAAAAUGCCCUUGCGGCAAUUGGAAAGUUCUGUUUGGAGUACUAUUAUUCAUCAUUUAUAGAUGGAGACAACAGUCCAGACGGAGUCAGUCGCCUAGGCUAUCUUCUAGCCGCUGAUCUCUACCCCGACUUCCAGCCAGCAUCUUUCCAAGAUUUCUUGUUGGAAGUGUUCAAGGGCGACAUUCGGAUUCCUUAUUCAGGAAGAUAG